AUGGAUAGCAAACACCGCAGCACAUCCACCACCACAAUUACUCUCCUCCCCCAGCUCAGGAAGCUCGCCCGAGGCGCCCAGUUCUACUGGUAUCUGGCCCUCGUCACCACGAUAUGGUACACGGGCCUGUGCAUGUUCAGCUCGAUCUUGCGGGGCACGUCGCAUCCAACCACGAUCCGCCACUACUCUUCGGCGUUGCUGGCAAUCCUCGUCACCUACCUGAUCAUCCUCAGGCAGACGUACAAGAACAAGCCACCUGCGUACGUCAUCGGACAGAUCUGGCAUCUCAUGGAGCACCUGCUCGGCAGCAGGGGCAGCUCCCGAAGUAGCAAGGAGCAGGCCUCCCACAGAACAGCGGCACACCCAGACCCCGGGUCACCGAAGACCGCCGCCGGUGCAGGCACCGGCGGGGCCUCCGGCUCCAGCAACCCCGGCUCUGAGGUCAACACGAAGCCCAGCUCUGCCACUACUGCUGCUGCCACCGCCAGCACCACCGCCAAGACAAACAUCCUGAGAGACGAAAACGUCCAGUACCUCCUCUUUGCGUUCUUCCACUGGCUCUUUGCGUCGCCCUUCUUCGGGCCCAUCAACCCGUCCACGCUCUACCCCUUCGCCAUCUACGCCAUCUUCCACGCCUCCCAUUACUCCCAGACCAGCAUCAUCCCCUACCUCCCCUACGUCGCCACAACCACCAAGCAGCGCUGGUGUGCCACCAUCGUCCACUUCCACCGCCUCUACAACGAGCGCUCGAGAAUGCUUGCCUCUAACACAGAGGUCCUCCUCGUCACCUUCUACCUGGGGCCUUUCUUCAAGCUCUUCUUCAGAAUAGCCCUAGGUCGCUUCUGGUCCGCCGCCGCAGGCGGCUCCGCCCAGUUCUGGUACGACUUUAAGACCCUCGUGCUCUGCCUUGUCACCAUCGUCUUCUUGCGGGCUCGCUUCGCCGUCGACGCGUACACCCGGACCCAGAUCCAGAGCUACGACGCACUUAUCAACCGCUUCGUCUGGCACCCAAUGCUUCCGCAACAGCUGAGACAGCUGCUCAUGGGACUGAGAAAGGUCGUCGGCGAUUUUGUGGAAAUGGUCAACAUCGUCUGA